AUGUCUCACAGGAAACUCAGGUUUCCCACUGUAGUUCUAUGCAGGCGUAGACUAAGCUCUGUGUGGCUGCUAUGGCUCCUGAUUGCUAGAUUUCGCACAGAAACAGUAAAUUACCACAUCUAUGAGGAAGAGACCCCGGGGACAGUCAUUGGUGUCCUCUCUGAACACGUUAUGUUUGAUUCACCUGGUAAGGUUCCUAGAAAUUUCCGCCUGAUGAAGCAGUUUAACAGCUCUCUGAUCCGGGUGAGUGCGACUGAAGGACAGCUGACCGUCGGGGAGAGCGGCAUUGACCGAGAGCUGCUUUGCCAGCAGUCUCCGCAGUGCAUCCUGGCUUUCGACGUGGUCAGCUUCUCUCAGUUAAUACAUGUGGAAGUGGAGGUGAGAGACAUCAAUGACCACUCGCCACGCUUCCCGGCCUCCGAGAUCCUUGUGCAGGUGUCCGAGAGCGUAGCUGUGGGCACCCACAUCUCCUUGGAAGUGGCCGUGGACGAGGACGUGGGUUGCAAUGCCCUCCAGAGCCUGCGUUUAGUCGAGCCACACAACUCCUUUCUAGUGGAGCUGCACACUCGAACUGAUGGCGCCAAAUACGCUGACCUGGUGCUUCUGCAGGAGCUGGACCGAGAGAGCCAGGCUACCUACAGCCUAGAGGUGGUGGCCCAGGACGGUGGAAAUCCCCCGCGCUCCGCCACAGCCACCCUUAACGUUCGGGUGCUCGAUGCCAAUGACCACAGCCCAGCCUUCCCACACGGCUCUGUCACCGAGGUGGAGCUGGCGGAGGACGCUCCCGAGGGCUCCCUGCUACUCGACCUCAAUACGACAGACCCAGACGAAGGCCCCAACGGUGAUGUAGUGUUCUCCUUCUGUGGCCGAACCUCGUCUCAGGCGCAGCUCCCUUUCCGCUUGGACCCGCGCUCAGGCCGCCUGACUCUGGCUGGUCCCGUGGACUAUGAACAGAAGGACAUCUACGAGCUGGACGUGAGGGCUCAGGACCAAGGCCCAGGGCCUCGGGCGUCCACUUGCAAGGUCAUCGUGCGCAUCCGGGACGUGAACGACAACGCGCCGGACAUAACCAUCACCCCACUGGCAGUGGCCAUGGCCGCCGCCUCCGAUUCCUUCAGCUCCUUCGCUGCCCCUCUCUCGGCCUCCUCCGCAGGGCCGGGAGGCCUAGAGCCUGGAGUGGCCUCGCUGAUCCCGGAGGGGGCAGCUCAAGAUAGUCUCGUGGCUCUGGUCAGCACCUCGGACAGGGAUUCGGGCUCCAAUGGACAGGUGCGUUGCGCCCUCUAUGGACACGAGCACUUCCGACUGCAGCCGGCCUACGCGGGCAGCUACCUAGUGGUGACUGCGGCGCCCCUGGACCGAGAGCGCAUCGCCGAGUACAACCUGACCCUGGUGGCCGAGGACCGCGGCUCCCCUCCGUUGCGCACUGUGAAGCCCUACACGGUGCGCGUGGGAGACGAGAACGACAACGCUCCGCUCUUCGCGCUUCCCGUCUACGAAGUGUCGGUGACCGAGAACAACCCUCCGGGGGCCUACCUUACCACAGUGGUUGCCCGGGACCCAGACUUAGGCCCUAACGGCAAGGUGACCUAUCGACUGUUAGAGGCCGAAGUAGGUCGGGGCGGGGGCCUGGUCUCCACCUACGUCUCGGUGGACUCAGACACUGGGGUACUGAGGGCGCGGAGGCGCUUUGACCGCGAGGCGCUGACUGGGCUGGAGGUGGGUCUGGAGGCGCACGACUGUGGCUCUCCAGCCCGGUGGGGCCGAACCGUGGUGCGGCUGGUGGUGGAGGACCAGAACGACCACGCUCCCGAGGUGACUUCCCCACUGCUUUCCAAUGGUUCGGCUCGCGUGCCGCUGCCCCGCGGGGCACCUCCAGGUUUCCUGGUCACCCAGGUGUGGGCCCGCGACGAGGACGAGGGUCCCAACGCAGAGCUGACUUACAUGCUCACCUACAGCGACGGCGGCCCCGGGCUACUGGCGCUGCACCCGCACACCGGCGAGCUGUCACUGCGGCGGCAGUUGUCACCUUGGCCCAUCGACCCUCUCACCGUGGUGGUCACAGUGAGGGACAGCGGGCGGCCGUCCCUCUCCUGCACAGCCACCCUGUCCUUGGUCCCCGCGCCGGCCUCUCCCCCUGGCGGAAAUGUGAUGUUGGUGCCACCUCCACCCCUGCCACUGCCCUCUCGAGAGGAGCAGGCUGGAGCGCAGCAGGGGCGACUGCAGAGGGGUUCCGGAUGGAGUCCUGACCUCUCCACUAUCUUCAUUGGGGUGCUGGCCGGUGGCUGCGGGCUGCUACUCGUGGCCAUCGUCACCGUGGCCUCGUCGUGCCAGGGUAAGGGCCUGGUCGGCAGGAAGGCGUUUUUCAAGUGCGGCACGAGAUCAGGACUGGCCAGCGAAGACAGCUGGACAUCCGGCAGCCGGAGGUCUCCUGGAGGGUCGGAUAGUAAUGGCUUUGAGAGCCUCGAAGAGUCCUACCGUCUUUCUGUCACAGAUGAAGUUGAGGAGGAGGAGGAAGAGGAUACUUUCAGCACCCCUCAUUCGAGGGACAGCGGGGUUUCCCUUUCUCCCUCAUCUCGAGAGAGGAAUGAGACUCCCAAGUCCAAGGGUUCAAUCUCAGCUCCUUUUCAUUCCACAUCUCUGUGGCAAGAGGAUAAAUCUGCUUCAAGUUUAGGUACCCAUUCAAGACCAGAUGAAUCCAGUGUGAAGGACAGUGGGAAAGGAGACAGUGAAUGUAAUGAUAGUGAUUCUGAUAUUAGUGGAGAAGGGGUCAAGAAAACAUCCCUUCAGAUGCCUGAAAAGCAAGUUGCACUGAACUUUGAAAUCAGACAGCGAGCCGAAUGCAGGUUUACCGUGUUUGCUGAGAGGGGACCGCUGGGGGAUGCCGACUCUGGUCCAGCCACAGCACUGGAUAAACACAUUUAG